AGGAGGAGGAGGAGGUGUUCUGGAUGGAAUCUAUCAUCGAAGAGGAGUCGGCUGCAGAGAAAAUGGCCUCCGAGUUGAAAGACCCGAAUCGCCCACGCUUCACCCUGCAAGAGCUUCGGGAUGUGCUGCACGAGAGGAACGAGCUGAAAGCAAAGGUGUUCCUGUUGCAAGAGGAGCUGGCCUAUUACAAAAGCGAGGAAAUCGAGGAGGAAACAGGCCCCCCCACUCCGACCCCUCCACCAGUCCUGCAGUCCAGACCAGCAACCCAGCCCGAGUCAGGUAUCAAAAGACUGAUCUUUACGGCCAUAAUGCCGAUGGUAGCAGCUGGAUUGAUUCCAGAUGAUCCCACAUUACAGCCAAUCAGAAGACUUAUUUCCUUUGUUUAGUUUCUUCUCACGGGACAAAAAACGCAAUUCACAGAGAAACGUGCGGUUUGAAGACACGUUCAGUGCGUGGGCAGAUAAAGAGGAUGUCUACACCGAACAAGGGCAAGAAGCUUUGCAGCAUCUCUGACUGAGUGAAUUUGUUAACCUGGACUAAGAAGAAGCACAGUAUGAGUGCUGCUGGCCAAUACAAAAUGUGGCUUUGAAAAUUAUAAAAAAAAAAAAUAAAUAAAAAUAAAAAACUGUCAAGAUCUAAAGGGAACAGGUCUCAAUUAACAAGCCUCUCUCUCUUCUGGCUACUGUGGAUGAUCCAGUACAGUGUACUGUUGGCAACAAAACCAAUACCUCGGUCCAGUUUGUGCCCCCGAAAAAGAAAAAAAAAAAAAAAAAGAUCCUUUUUUUGUUAAUCAUUCAAGUCACAGAAUUUGCUCGGACACAUUUCACCAACCAGGAUAAGUGGCAGCGGCUAAACCUUUAAAUGUGAUUUAAGAGACGCUUGAAGCUGCACACUUAGUAAAAAUGCUUGGUUUAUCUAAGGAUUAAAAUGCAUGAAUUUAGUGUUUUACGGUUGUCCAAUGCACCCUGUACACAGUGGAACUAAUCACACUUCACAUGCGGUGAAGUAACCUGGUCCAUAAGAAUAUAAAAGUUUGGGAAUGAGAAAAGGCCCUGUGCAAGACAGGCAGACAGCAUAUGUGUUUUAGACAAAUUAGGGACGUAUCAUUUGAACAGGUUACUGGAAUCAUAGAAUGCUCAGCUAAUGAGCCAAGGUUCUGCAGUCCUGCAAGAACCGAGUCAUGUGACUGCUCCAGAUGGUACACCCAUGGAAUAUAUAACACAAUAUGGUGAAAUUGAUCUGAAUCACCAGGCAUGCGUUUGCCAUGAGAUUGUAAACGGGUACCAGCACAAGACAGACUUCAUGAAGCAAACUUUAGAAAAUGCAAAAGAAAACAACGCAUGGAGUUAUAAGUGCUCCACUCAGGAAAAAAAAAAAAAAGAUUGUUUUAAUUCAAUUUGAACACAACAAAAAAUAAACCCAGAAGGGUAAAAGGUAAUGACUAGUCUUGUGGAAUAAAGCAAGUGGAGGAGAUUAUACCCUCAGAUUGAAGUGGAGGAGCGAGAGACCUGUGCUAAUGGUUGGGUUCACAUGGAAAGUGACAGUAACAAAGGAGUGACAAUUGUUGCAAAGUGUGGCACAAAAACGAUGCAUAGAUGAGAGAGAAUGAGGUGAGAGUUUCAGAACAGUAACAAAGAGAAAGGCAGUGGUGCAUGUGAGGCAAAGGCAGAUGAGUUAAUGAAGUGUUACAUUGUUAAAAAAAAAAAAAAAAAAAAAAAAAAAAAAAAAAAAUCCGAAACCUUUACUUAACCAGAUUUACAAGAGCGAUUUGGCCAAGCGGCACAUGGUACAUGAAAUGGUACAAAAAAAACCCAACGCUUCAGCCUGUUUUGCAUCUGGGGUGCUUCAUUAAAACUGUUGUUAAUUGGUUACCUAGAAUCGCACCCGACUUCACCUGGACACACUGAAUUAUCAGCAUCCCCUCAUUCACCAGCACGUUGCAGAAAUAAUGUCUGCAAAAGUUACUUUGCUAUUCCGAGAAAUGACCCUAAUGAUACUGGAGUGAGAAGGGAGUUAUGAAAUGGUCCCUUGGGCUUGGAGAACACCAUAAAACAGUAUUAUGAAAAAAAAAAACUAAAAACUGUUAACUCGGUCUUGUAAGACCUGGCUAAUUGUUUUGCUUUCUAUUUUUUAUAAAUUGUAUUAAAUAUGAUUACUCUCAAUGUAUAUGUUGGCAUAGUAAGAAGGAUAGCAGUGUUUUUGUUAUUGCUUUACUACAAAACUGAAUUAGGUUUAAGCACUUCCCUUACAGACUGUUUGCCUGUGCUGUGUAUCCAAGCUAAUCUUAAUGAGCCCUGUUCUGUAGAGCAGAAGAGCUGAACCUGUCUUCAGCACGUGUUGUUCUGUUCGACCCGGGAAACGCAUAAGGAAUUAAAAAUCACUUGAUUGUGUUAAAUAAAGGGAUAACCGUCAUUUCAAUUCUGGGUUUUAAAAAAAUUAAUAAUUUAAAAAAAUUGCCAAUAACAUGAAAUAGGGAAAAAAGAUUGUGUUUUGUCCUUGCUUUUCAGCCUACAAUACUGUACAGCUGUAGUCUUGUUAACGCCUGACAUCCCAUAAAUCCUAAAAAAAUAGAAUUAAAAAAAAAACAUAUUUCAUGACAAUUUAUUAAAUUAACACUUUACUGUAAAUGCAGUAGCUUUUCGUCUUAUCUUUCAGAGCGUUUUUGUAUUGUAGAUAUUAGUUAUUCAAAAGGUGUUUUCUUUUUCCAAAUCAGUAAUGCAGUAUUGACUCAAGCUAUGUCUGCUUAAUAAAGUACUUGCAAUCCUA